AUGCCGGCCCCACGUCCAGAGCUGGAGAACCCGCCGGAGGUGUUCUACAACGCCUCCGAGGCACGGAGGUACACUGUGAGCACACGUGUGCGCAAGAUUCAGCGGGACAUGACUCUGCGCGCGCUGGAGCUGCUCAACCUGCCAAAGGACGACGCGGCGGCAGCCGCCGGUGUGAAUAGCUCGGCCCUGCUGCUCGACAUAGGCAGUGGUAGCGGCUUGAGCGGGGACGUGCUCACGGAGCAGGGCCACGUGUGGAUGGGCGUCGAUAUCAGUCGUGACAUGCUGCGCAUUGCCAAGGAGGAUGAGCUGAGUUACUACGACGUGAGUGCGGCACAAAAGUCGGCGGAGACGGAGGAAGCGUGCCUGACAAGCAGUAACAAUGCCCGCUUCGACACCAGCCAUGUGAAAUGGGGCCUCAUCACUUCUGAGGAUGACCAAGAGGAGGUGAGCGAGUCUGAAGAGGGAAAAGGUGCUGACGGAGAUGAUGAUGACGGCGCGAGCAGUGACUUGUCUAGCAGGGCAGCGGCAGGUAGCGGCGCGGGUGGCGCGGCGUCAGGGCCGCGCAUGGUGGAGGUGCUUCAGAACGACAUUGGCGCCGGGCUGCCGUUUCGCCCUGGUACGUUCGACGGCUGCAUCUCCAUCUCGGUGCUGCAGUGGCUAUGCCACAGCACCAAGAGGGGCGAGGUGCCACAACGAAGGCUGAUGGCGCUCUUUCAGUCUCUCUACAAUGCGCUGCGUCGCGGCGCAAAGGCCAUCUUUCAGUUUUACCCCAGCAGCCCGGAGCAGGUGCACAUGAUUACGCGAGCUGCCAUGAAGUGCGGCUUCGACGGCGGCGUCGUCGUCGAUUUCCCCCACUCGGCGCGCGCCAAGAAGUACUACCUGGUGCUGCAGGCGGGUCAGGUGCAGGGUGGGUUUGUGCCGCCGCCGGCCCUGACAGGCGAGGUGGAGGGCGAUGGCGACGACGAUGACGACGGCAGCGAUGGCGACUCCGAGUACGAUGGCGAGGAGUACUACGGCAGCGGAGAGGACGACGACGAGGACGACGACAGACUCCAUAACCCGAAUAGCCGCAAACGUGUUCGCGUAGAAGGGCGGGACGCCCAUCACGGCAAGCGCGGCCGAGCUUCCUCUGCACACGGGCAGAAGCGCCGUCGCAAGGACAACCGCCCCGUCACCGGCACCCGCGAGUGGGUGUUGCUCAAGAAAGAGGAGAGGCGCCGGCGGGGUUAUCAGACCACCGCAGACACCAAGUACACGAUGCGACCGCGCAAGCCUCGGUUUUGA